CGCGCGAAAAGACGGCCCAGGCGCGCCAAUUGCUUAUAGCAUCCAUUGGACUCAUGCUAGGCUGAGCUUCGCUUCUUUGCCUUGUCUUCUCGCUGCCAGCAGCUGCUUUUAGACGCUUUUAAAGCCAUUUUAACUUCGAUUUUAAACGGGGGUUUUCAUCUUAGCAUGCCAUCUCGGACUUCCCUGUUGCUGCCAGAGGAUGUCAGGAAAAGGCUACAGGUGCUGGACGAAGAUGGUUCUUCAGACGAGGAUCAAGUGAAGGAGAAGCUCAAACUGGUGCAGGACUUCCUGCAUGCUGACGCUCAGGACGCGCUUACGAGCCUGGAGGAGAAGAUGAAGAGUUCUGAAAUCUCCAUGAAUGAUUACGUCUCCAAAGUGAAAGCCUUGCUGGGAAAGGAGCUCCACCUGGAAAACGGCGAGCCCAAAGGAAAAACCAACGGCCACGCCAACGGAGCCCACAAAGACGAGGAUGACGAAGAGGAGGGUGAUGCCAGCAUGGACGUGGAAGAGGAUGUCAAGUCGCCGAGUACGCGAGGGAAAGGCGGCCGCAGGAGCAAAGCUGACAGCAAAAAGUCUCCAGCCAGCUCCAGGGUGACGAGAAGUGGCGGCAAGCAACCAACCAUCAUGUCCAUGUUCUCUAAAGUCCAAAAACGCAAGUCUGCUGACCUGAAUGGCGAUGAAGAAGAAGAAGCCACAAAUGGACAAAGUGAAGCGAAAGAGGAGGACAUCAAUGAGGCGUCUCCGGAGGAGAAGCGUCUUAAAGUAGAGUCAGACGACCAAGCUGCUCCUGUAGAAGCCAAACCUGAGACUAAGACUGUGGUUGCUGCAAAGACUCCGCCUCCCAAAUGUCCAGAUUGCAGACAAUAUUUGGACGAUUCAGAUUUGAAGUUCUUUCAAGGGGAUCCCGACAACGCGCUGGACGAGCCGGAAAUGUUGACAGACGAGCGCCUCUCCCUCUUCGACGCCAACGAAGACGGCUUCGAGAGCUACGACGAUCUGCCGCAGCACAAGAUCACAAACUUCAGCGUGUAUGACAAGCGCGGACAUCUUUGUCCGUUUGACUCGGGCCUGAUCGAGAAGAACGUGGAGCUCUACUUCAGCUGUGUUGUCAAACCAAUCUAUGAUGACAACCCCUGCUUGGAUGGUGGUGUUCCUGCAAAUAAACUUGGCCCCAUCAAUGCCUGGUGGAUCACUGGAUUUGAUGGAGGAGAAAAAGCUCUCAUUGGAUUCACCACAGCGUUUGCCGACUACAUCCUGAUGCAUCCCAGCGAGGAGUACUCGCCCAUCUUUGCGUUGAUGCAGGAAAAGAUCUACAUGAGCAAAAUUGUAGUGGAAUUCCUUCAGAAGAAUCCGGAUGUCACUUAUGAGGACCUUCUCAACAAGAUCGAGACCACAGUGCCCCCAUGUGGUCUUAACUUCAACUGCUUCACCGAGGACACGCUGCUGCGCCACGCCCAGUUUGUGGUGGAGCAGGUAGAAAGCUACGACGAGGCGGGUGACUCGGACGAGCAGCCCAUCAUCGUCACUCCCUGCAUGCGCGACCUCAUCAAGUUGGCUGGUGUCACGCUGGGCAAGAGGCGAGCCGCCAGACGACAGGCCAUCCGUCACCCGACCAAGAUCGAGAAGGACAGCAAGGGUCCGACUAAAGCCACCACCACCAAGCUGGUCUACCAGAUCUUUGAUGCCUUCUUCUCGGAGCAGAUCGAGCAGGACGACAAAGAGGGCGGCGGCAUCAAACGGCAGCGGUGCGGCGUCUGUGAAGUUUGCCAGUCUGCAGACUGUGGCAAGUGUGCCGCCUGCAAGGACAUGAUCAAAUUUGGAGGAAGUGGCAAAAGCAAGCAGGCUUGCAAGCAAAGAAGGUGUCCAAACCUGGCAGUCAAGGAGGCUGAGGAUGACGAGAACGUCGAGGAAGAGGACCUGCCUGUGGAGAAGAGCAAGAAGACGUCUCAGGUGAAGAGGAAGAAGCAGACUCAGUGCAAGCUGACGUGGAUUGGCGAGCCCAUCAAGAGUGAGGCCAAGAAGCAGUUCUACAAGAAAGUCUGUGUGAACGAUGAAGAGCUGGAGUUGGGUGAUUGUGUCUCCGUGUCUUCGGAGGACGCGUCCUCGCCAUUGUACCUGGCGAGGAUCACAGCGCUGUGGGAGGACAACAACGGCAAGAUGUUCCACGCCCACUGGUUCCUCCGCGGCACUCAAACGGUACUGGGCGAGUCCUCGGAUCCUCUUGAGCUGGUCAUGGUGGACGAGUGCGAGGACAUGUCUCUGAGCUAUGUGCAAGGCAAAGUCAACGUCACCUACAGGGCGCCGUCCAACAACUGGUUCAUGGAGGGCGGCACGGACGUGGACGUCAAGGUGAUCGAAGACGACGGGAAGAGUUUCUUCUAUCAGUUCUGGUACGACACGGAUUUCGCCCGCUUUGAAACGCCGCCCAACACCACGCCAUCAGACGACUGCAAGUUCAAAUUUUGCAGCAGCUGCCUGAGGAUUAAAGAACACGAAGAGCAGGCCACGCCUCGUGCCUUCGAGCCCCUGAACGAAGAACACGACUCCAAGGCUCUCUACGCUUUAGCCUGCUUUAAAGGAGAACACUUCAGGGUGGGAGAUGGCGUCUACCUGCCCCCUGAGGCUUUUCACUUCAGUGUGAAAGCAACCAGCCCGGUGAAGCGCUCCCACAGGAAAGAGGAUGUGGACGAGGACCUGUAUCCAGAAUACUACAGGAAGUCGUCGGACUACAUCAAGGGCUCUAACCUGGACGCUCCGGACCCGUUCCGCAUCGGGCGCAUUAAGGAGAUCUUCUGUCACAGGCGCAGCAACGGCAAAGCGGACAUGUCGGAGGUCAAACUGCGACUGUACAAGUUUUACAGGCCUGAGAACACACACAAGGGGGUGAAAGCCAGCUACCACACCGACAUCAAUCAGCUCUACUGGAGCGACGAGGAGGUCACUGUCAGCAUGUCGGAGGUGCUCGGCCGCUGUCAGGUGGAAUACGGAGAAGACCUGAAUGAAACGGCCCAGGAGUAUUCCAGCGGAGGGCCUGACCGCUUCUAUUUCCUGGAGGCUUAUAACGCCAAAUCUAAAAGCUUCGAGGAUCCUCCUAACCAUGCUCGCUCUGCUGUGCACAAAGGCAAAGGGAAGGGCAAAGGGAAAGGGAAAGGCAAAGGGAAGUCAUCAGUUCAGGAAACUGCAGACCAGCCCACUGAUCCACAGCCACCCAAAGUGCCGAAGUACCGCACACUGGACGUCUUCUCGGGCUGUGGAGGACUCUCUGAAGGCUUCCACCAAGCUGGUAUUUCCGAUACGGAGUGGGCCAUCGAGAUGUGGGAGCCGGCGGCGCAGGCCUUCAGGCUCAACAACCCGGGCACCACCGUCUUCACAGAGGACUGCAAUGUUCUGCUCAAGCUGGUCAUGUCGGGCGAGAAGACCAACUCCCUGGGCCAGAAGUUGCCUCAGAAGGGCGACGUGGAGAUGCUCUGCGGAGGACCUCCGUGCCAAGGCUUCAGCGGCAUGAACCGCUUCAACUCUCGCACCUACUCAAAAUUCAAGAACUCGCUGGUGGUCUCCUACCUCAGUUACUGUGACUACUACAGACCAAAGUUCUUCCUGCUGGAGAACGUGAGGAACUUUGUGUCCUUCAAAAGCUCCAUGGUCCUCAAGCUCACUCUACGCUGUCUUGUCAGGAUGGGCUACCAAUGCACCUUUGGAGUUCUUCAGGCAGGACAGUACGGCGUGGCGCAGACUCGUCGCAGGGCCAUCAUCCUGGCUGCCGCUCCCGGAGAGAAGCUACCACGCUAUCCCGAGCCUCUCCACGUGUUCGCUCCCAGAGCCGUGUCCCUCAGCGUGGUGGUGGACGAGAAGAAAUACGUCAGUAACGUCACACGAGGUAACGGAGGAAUCUAUAGAACCAUCACAGUCAGAGACACCAUGUCCGACCUGCCCGAGAUCCGCAACGGCGCUUCCGCCUUGGAGAUCUCCUACAACGGAGAACCACAGUCAUGGUUCCAGAGGCAGAUCCGAGGCACCCAGUACCAGCCCAUCCUCAAGGAUCACAUCUGCAAGGACAUGAGCGCCCUGGUGGAGGGCCGCAUGCGCCACAUCCCCCUGGCCCCCGGCUCCGACUGGAGGGACCUGCCCAACAUUGAGGUGCGCCUGAAGGACGGCACCAUGACGAAGAAACUGCGCUACACGCACCCGGAUAAAAAAAAUUGCCGCAGCAGCACGGGCGCGCUAAGAGGUGUUUGCACCUGUGCUGGAGGGAAGCCAUGUGACCCGGCGGACAGGCAGUUCAACACACUGAUCCCCUGGUGUCUGCCGCACACGGGGAACCGCCACAACCACUGGGCGGGGCUUUACGGCCGGCUGGAGUGGGACGGCUUCUUCAGCACCACGGUCACUAACCCCGAGCCAAUGGGGAAGCAGGGUCGCGUUCUCCACCCCGAGCAGCAUCGAGUCGUCAGCGUGAGGGAGUGCGCACGCUCUCAGGGCUUCCCAGACACGUAUCGCUUCUUUGGCAACGUCCUGGACAAGCACAGACAGGUGGGCAAUGCCGUGCCUCCUCCCCUCUCCAGAGCCAUUGGACUGGAGAUCAAGAAGUGUGUCAUUGAACGGAUGAAGGAAGAACAAACGGCAGACAACAUCAAACAAGAGAAGAUGGAGCUGUCGGACUAACUUGUUUUUAAACAAUCUUGGUGCCAAUUUUUUUUUGCCAACUUUUCAAUGUGCUUUUAAUCCUGAUGGACAAAUUGUAUGUAGUUUUUAUAUGUAAAAUUUCAAAUAAAGCUCUUA